AUGCAGGGGUCACAAGACGCUCGAGUUCCUCCAAUCCUCCGACUUCUCCCCGCUGUACGGCAUCGUAUUUACCCCCACAUUCAUCCUGCACUGGGGGGCUUGCGCUUUCAAUUCCGCCUCGACAGGCGGAGCAAACGGGAACUCAUGAGGUUCCACUCACUGCUCCUAUCAUGUCACACAAUCUAUGAGGAGAUUGCCGAAGUGCUUUAUUCUACCAACGUCUUCGAGAUAUCGUACAAGAGUGCAGGGUCUCUCCGUCGAGUGCGAAACCUGAAGGAUGCAUCUCUCUCGUCUCUAAGGGAGCUUAAAGUUGUGCUCAAUGAAGCAUCCUGCCAUCAUGAAGAAUGCUUCGACUGCUGCGAGGAUGUGAUGGACGCUUGGUCAAAUGGCGCCUCGUAUAUAUUACGCUCGGAGCGCCACGCGGACUUGCAUGGCGAGGCACUGCGGCCCUUGGACGACUCAGCAGCCUCUGUGUUUGCCGAGUGGAGGCUCACCGCUGCUUAUAUUUGGUCUCGAAUUACGCCGGAGCGUCUGAGUAUUUCACUUGUAUGCGACUUCGACCCUGAACAUGAGAACACGCCUUCAGCAGCGAGACUAGCUGUGGCGCCACUUAUCAAUCUAUCACCGUUGAAAGGCUGCUAUGUCAGACUCGGUAGAACACCGCAUCCUGAGCUGAAGAAGAUUGCUCGAGAAACGGUCCUCAGAGCUUUGGGGAUAGUCGACCGCGAAGAGUUGGCAUUGACUCCAAACACCAUGGCUGUUGGAGCGGAUUCGAAAUUCAUGAGUCUUCCCCGGGAAAUACGCUUUCGCAUUCUCGAAUACACUGACCUCAUAACACCUUGGAGGGAGGUCAGAUGGACCAGACAGCGCAGGGGAUAUAUCCCCACACUUACAAACUGCAUUGUUGGUGAUUGCCCGCCGCAGUUGCACAGUGGAUGUCAAUUCCGAAAAUGCCGGAUUGGCAUCGGACCACCAAAAUUUGUUGACCCCCGGCAACGGGUCGGAUGUUUCUGUCGUGUUCGCCACGCGGCUUUCUCGUUCAACUGUCAAUGCUGGAGUCCACCGACUGACCUUUUCCUCGUCUGUCGCACGCUGUACAGAGAUGCACAAGCGGUCUUCUUCACUGGUAAUCGAUUCGUUGUCCAUGACUACAAAUCGGAGACUCCUUACCACACGCCUGGUAUGCCACUAUAUCCGUAUGAUCGUUUUGCCAUCAGCGAUUUUCUGAGGAGAGUCGUAUCUGUUGACUGCCUACACCUGAUACGCUCCCUGGAAAUGACUUUCCCACCGUACAACCAGGAGUGGCCACUAGAAGGCUGUCCGGCAUUACGCGACUGGGUGGAGACCGUUCGCUUCAUCAAGGAGAAUAUGAACCUAGAAGGCCUGACUAUACGUCUGACCAUGUACGGUGCACCCAUAAUAGACUAUGCCGGGGCUCGUGAGGACAUGACAAGUCCCGAGGCACGAGAGGUCCUGCAGGCAUACGCCCGCAUCCUGGGCCCAAUGACCGGGUUGGGUGAUGAGGGCUUGAAGAGAUUUUAUGCCGAGAUCGUACUGCCUGAGCAGUGGACCUCAUGGUUCCGGGACAAGGACUCCACCGUCGAGCAUUUCACGGUCCGCAUCACUAAAGAAGAGCGACAAUUGAAAGAACGGGCUGAGCAGUUGGUAAUGGGCAGUCGAUAUGCUAAGCAGCCUGAAGAUGCGUGCUACUGGGACGGGGUCUCCCGUGAGCCAAUUGAUAGUGCUUGGCGUCGUAAAUUUGUCAUUAGAUAUUGA